AUGAAGUCCUUUCUCUUCGCUGCUCUUCUGACACGGCACCUACACUUCGCGCGGGGUCAUCCCUCCGCUGGCCGCGUCAAAGUCAAAGAUGCUCUCUCACCGGCCUUCGCGGUCCUCGUGGAAAAUACUUUGGUACCCACUGCCGUCGAGUCAGGCCCUAGCUAUCUGCUGCUGCUGGAACCACAGCCUCAGGAGGAAGCAACUGCGGCAUGCGACGCACUAGCAGAGACCCUGGCAAGGGGAGAGGAUAUAGCACUUUUCCAGCCGUUGCUCUCGGCAUUGGCGCAGAAUGCAGAGAUUUCCAUAUUGUCCAAACUAUGGCUGCACGGACAAGACGGGAAAUGUGUGGCCUACAAUCUGGACAAUAACUCCACCUCCACCACUGAACCUUAUGCACCCAACACCUCCAAGCCCUCUGCACGAAUACAGCCCCAUACCAGGCCGGUCUCGAACAGCCGGCUAAAAGUUGCCAUGUCCUCGUCAGGUAUUCCGUACGCAAAGCCUCCGGUGGGUGAGCGUCGGCUGAUGAAUCCGGAAAGAAUGGACAUGUUGCCCAGCACGCAGAGGGCAGAGGAAUCUGUGUAUGAUGCAACGGCGUUUAAGCCGCUUUGUCCGCAAGAGAUGGCGCCAAACGCUACACCAGACCUUCCCCAUCCCGACUAUGCGAUAUCGGAGGACUGUCUGUAUCUCAACGUCUACACCCCGCUAGUCCCAAUGCAAAGCCCCUCAGAUUCUGGCUUGUUACCCGUCCUGGUCUGGAUCCACGGUGGCUCAAACUACUACGGCGGCUCCUCGCUCCCUUUCUAUCUCGGGAUGAACGUUGCAUCGCGUGGCCGGACAGUUGUCGUCUCGUUCAACUACCGUCUCGGUAUCCUGGGCUUCCUCGAUGACCCCGACGGGUCACCAGAAAUCGGCAGCAACCAAGCCAUGCGCGACCAGGUCCUCGCACUGGAGUGGGUUCGAGACAACAUCAGGUCCUACGGCGGGGACCCCGACAAGGUGACGAUCUUCGGCGAGUCCUCCGGCGGCAGCGCCGUGAUGUCCCUCUUCCAGACAUCGUUUGCAACGGACCUCUUCUCCCGCGCAAUCAUCCAGUCCGGCAGCGCCACGUACUCUGGGUGGCAACGGCCUGAUGUCCAGGAAAGGCUCGUGCGGAUGUUUCUAGAUAUAGCCGACUGCAAGGACCUGCACUGCAUCAAAUACAACCGCACAACGUCGGAGAUCCUGCUGUUCCAGUCUCGCCUGCUCUCGCAGGCCCAAGACGUCUUCCCACACGGGCAGGUAAACCCCCUCGAGCCCUUCCGCGCUGUUAUAGACGGUGACCUCAUUGAAGAGGACUGGGGUACCGCGCUGGCGGGUGGCAGGUAUAACAGGGUACCUACGCUGGUCACGUACACGAAAGACGAGUUCGGGCUUGUCUUGCAGACCAACAAGACACUCAAAGACGCGCCUCCAAUCAGUUAUACCACAGCCGUACGGUUCCUCUCCACCUUCCUCCUCGGCGAAGAACGCACCGAGAAAGUCCUGAGCACACCCAGCCUGGGCUUCAGCCGCAACCUCGUCAACGCCCCGGACGUGACAGACGCGCUAGUGCAAUUCACGACCGACAUCACAUACCGCUGCAGCAGCGAGAUCUACGCCGGAGCUUUGGAGAGGUAUAGCCCCGACGUGUGGGAGGUAUCCUGGGACAUCGGGCUGCCGCGAUUCCUGUCCGGCUCGAUCUGCGGCGAGGGGAGCGGGCGCGCGUGCCACGCCGCCGAGCUGCCUAUCCUCUUUGGGUCUGCGGACUACGCGAAUAUCAGUGGGGAUGUUCUGGGUGAGGCAAACUAUUACGACCAGGCUCGGGAUACGAUUGAUCUGUAUAGCGGCUUUGCGCGGGAUGGGAUACUGGCGCUGCAUGGGGAGAUGUAUCCGCGGCGCGGGGGGAAUGGGCUUCGAGAUGUGCUGCAUUGGGGUGAUGAGCCGGUUUCUGUACCUGGGGGUGUGAGGUGGGGGGUUUGCAUGAAGAUGGAGGAAUUGGGGUUGUAUGAUCGGUUGUAUUAUCCGCACCGUGGCCUGGGUGAUGUGGCUGGAGGGCGAAGCCUUGAGGGAGUGCAAGAGCGUAGGCAGGAGUUGCAGCACCGCCUCGCGUCCGAAGCGCGGCAUGAGGAUCUCUAG